AAGUCAUUUGUUAAAGAAUGUGACAAGUUUUAAUUGUAUUCUUAACAAAACGAAUAUUAAAUGUUUGACUUGACAACAAAAUGGCGACUACCACUUUUGAAAGAAAACACGUGUGAAUGUUUACCUUUAAAUUCAUUGCAAAAGGAUGCCAACUGGGAGCAAAAUUUUUUCAGGAUAUCGAGCUCUUGGGUUUGUGAGCGAUCAUGUGCCUCUUGCAACUCGAUAUAAUAAGAGAUUGAAAGAGAACUAUGUCAUUACAAGCGUGGGGAAGUCUUUCCACACUUAUAAUUGUUCCCGAUUAGGAAUAACCAACAUAAGUGAUGUACAUCCAGACAACAUUACCUGUAUUGCUGUAAACAACAGAUACGUUUUCACUGGUUGUGUUAAUGUUGUCCGAGCAUUCAAAAGAAGCAGACAGCUUGUUCACACAUUUGAGGGGCACUCCUCUGAGGUUCACCUGCUUCUCCCAUUUGGGAACCAUCUCAUCUCUAUUGACAUUCACAGCAAUCUGAAGAUCUGGGAUGUAGAAAAUGGAGGGGUGUACCUGGAGAUGGGGUUCAGUAAUUCCACUUUUCACAUCACAGCCUUGGUUCAUCCCAGCACGUACCUCAACAAGAUUGUCCUGGGCAGUAAACAAGGCACACUACAGCUGUGGAAUAUCCUCAAAGACAAAAUGCUCUACUCCUUCAGUGGCUGGGGAUCUCCAGUCACUGUCCUACAACAGUCCUACAACAGGUGUGGAUCUAACAUUUUCUUUAUCUCCCAUAACCGUCCUACAACAAGUGUGGAUCUAACAUUUUCUUUAUCUCUUAUAACAGUCCUACAACAGUCCUACAAUAGGUAUGGAUCUAACAUUUUCUUUAUCUCCCAUAACAGUCCUACAACAGGUGUGGAUCUAACAUUUUCUUUAUCUCCCAUAACAGUCCUACAACAG